UGACAGUUUGUCGCUUCUGUAGUUUUUUAGAAAACGAAAAUGGCUAAUCGCACUGUAAAAGACGCGAAAUCUAUUCGUGGUACAAAUCCUCAAUAUUUAAUUGAAAAGAUUAUUAGAUCUCGUAUAUACGAUUGUAAAUACUGGAAAGAAGAAUGUUUUGCAUUAACAGCAGAGUUACUUGUCGACAAAGCUAUGGAAUUGCGAUACGUAGGAGGCGUGCAUGGUGGUUUUAUUUACCCUACACCUUUUCUGUGUCUUGUAUUAAAAAUGCUACAAAUACAACCUGAAAAAGAUAUUGUGGUAGAGUUUAUCAAAAAUGAAGAAUUUAAGUAUGUUCGCGCGCUUGGGGCUUUUUAUAUGAGACUCACUGGAUCUUCGGUGGAUUGUUACAAAUAUCUGGAGCCUUUAUACAAUGAUAAUAGGAAAUUAAGGCGGCAAAACCGAGAGGGUCAGUAUGAUAUUGUGCAUAUGGACGAGUUUAUCGAUGAAUUACUCCGGGAAGAAAGAUUGUGCGACGUCAUUUUGCCGAGAAUUCAGAAACGAUAUGUACUUGAAGAAAAUAAUGAGUUGGAACCAAAAGUGUCAGCUUUAGAUGACGAUUUAGAUGAAGACAUUCCUUCUGAUGAAGAUAAUGCUGAACCUGAUAUGAAAGAAAACAAAAGAGAUAAAGAUCGAAGAGAUAGGGACAGAAGAAGAGAAAGAUCCAGAGAUCGUGACAGAAGGGAUAAAGAUAGGAAGAGAGAACGCUCAAGAAGCAGAGAACGUGAACGAAGAAGAGAAAGAGAGAGAGAACGGGAAAAAGAGAGAGAGCGUGAGAAAGAAAGGGACAGAGAAAGGAGAGAGCAACGUGACAGAGAGAGGGAAAAAGAGAGAAGAGAUAGAGACAGGCAUGAAUUUGAUAGAAGGAGAGAGAGAGGCGGUAGAUAUUAACUAGGUAUAGGACUUAAAUAAACAUUUUAAACCAG